CUUCGUUCGUGCCUGAACUGCUCCAGCCUUUGGAUGCCAUGGCUUCAAGGUACAGUUUGAGCACUGGGUGGCUUGGGCUUCUCGUUGGAAUGUGCUGGCUGCCUCUAAGCAGCCAGGCGUCGCAUCAUGCUAAGGUCUUUGUGCCUCAAUUCUUGUCGGAGAUAGGCAUUGUAGCCAACAAGGAUGAACAACUAUCGAAUUGGCUGAGCUGCUUGAGCAAUUGGUCUGAAGACUCUAGGUUUGAUGCCAAUCUGACGAGGAUCGUGCAGCUUCUUUCAUCCCCCGGCGUGCACGAUCCCUUACUCGCGAUGCGCGCGGGGCUUCAGCAGCUGGCAGACUCCCUCCAUGCCGUGCUGGAGAUGGCAGAAGACUGUGAAGUGAAGAUGGCCACGGAGACGUCUCCGUCCUCAGCUUCGCCAUCUCCACGUGAAGUGGUCCAGAAACUGAAGAACUUGGUCUCCGCUGGCCAUUUGAAUGAUGGUUUUUGUCCCUUCACCGGAAAACGGCAGAGGACCAUUGGGGGUGCAGAGGUGAGUGAUGUGAUGGAAGAGUUGCAGGUGCCCAGAAAGACCAAGCGCUUGGCUCGGAUCAUUGGCAAGUUGCUCCUACAAAUACAAGCCGAGGGUGACGGGCCUGCCCCUGCCGGGGUGGCUCCGGUGAACUGGGAGAUGAGAGAAGCGCUCUUCGGCACGGCAGAAUUAUAGAAGACACACCCUAGGGCUCCAAGUACCUCAGAAGGUAUUUGGACCCUCCAAACCCACCUCAAGCACUUUCUUAGAAGGUAUUUGGAGCCCUAGGGACAUGAAACCACCCUGUGGCGGGUGCGGUGCAGCCUGACAUGAAACGCUUGCUGGCCGCAACUUGCGUGGACGUCUUGGAGCGCUUGGCCACCUUGGUCGGGUGGUGAAGAGCAAAGUGCGCCUGGUUCGGCCAGGGCAUCAGGAAUAGCUGGGUCAUGAGCGUUGGAAAAUGGAUUACAAUAGCAACUCAAGGCCAUGGGCCAUUCGAUGGAACUACUCGUGUGUGGAACAGUGCAUGUCAUCGCAUCCUAAGGCGACAAACACAAGCUGGACGGAUGACUCCAGCUGGAUGAUACCAUCAUCCAUCAACCCGUUCUGCUCUUAUCCUACCUGCGGCGAUCGCCGGCUACCGCUGUGUCUCGCCACUGUCUCGCCGGCACCGCGUGCCACAGCGCGUGCCACCCACCGGGUGCCGCGUGGCGUCGCACCGAGCAGCUGGCCGGGUGUGCGCUGGCGCUGUAAACAAGAGCCGAAAGAUGAGCUGAGGUCAAAAAGGCCAUGUGGCUCAUCAGGCUGAGUUUGAGCUGAGGUCAAAAAAACACAUGUUUCCCAAGAAAGCCAGAGGAUUCCAGAGAGAUGUGACAUAGAUCGUCUUUUCGCGAAGAACGAACCCGAGCCUCCCAAACGGACCAUGUGUUUCGUCCGUUUUCGAGUCUUUGCUCACUUCUCAGUUUCGAGUAUUUGCUCGUUUCACCACGUCCCGAGCGAGUCUUGUUGCGUCGGUGACCGUCAUGUUGUUCUUUGGCAACUUGACGGUCACCCAGUUUGACGGUCACCGACGCAACUGCGCUCGGCGCUCGGCGCUCGGGGUGCAACGUCGCGACGACGCGACGUACGUGGGCACCUGGGACGAGGGCGGGCGCGCGCCGACGGGGAUGGCAACGGUGUGUUUGCUCUUUCGAGUAGCAAAGCCUCCUCAGUGCGACCUAAACAGAGUGUCAUGUUGGUUUGAUUACAAUCUUCCCUCCAACAAUCCUGGAAGUGGAGCGCUUGGAAGAC